AGUGAGCCGUUGGUUGCAAUUCACAACCUCACUGCUAGUGUAACAGGUUAAAAAAGGUGCUUUCACUUGCUUUUGGUUAUUAUAUACAUAUGGCCCUUUAAGUAUAAUAGACCUGCACUCUCUGUUCAUUGGCUGGCGGCAUGUUGGAAACUCUUUCCGGUUUAGUCAUUAAUAUUCGCGCCAGUCAAGAGAGUGGUUGUAGUGGGACGUCGUGUAAAAAUGCUGUGAAACUGAUCACCUCAUUUGAAUGUGUUAACAGGUACAUGUUCUACUAUUUUGUUUACUACAUUUUACAAACUGUGUUAUAUACUCACUCUUGAAAAAGUUUAGUCAUUAAUAUUCGCGCCAGUCAAGAGAGUGGUUGUAGUGGGACGUCGUGUAAAAAUGCUGUGAAACUGAUCACCUCAUUUGAAUGUGUUAACAGAAUUAAACGAUUCCCCCAAGACGCGAAAUGGUGUUGGUUGUCGCAAGUAUUUCACACAACGCAGAUACGAGCCGUUACAAUGGUGCCGUGACCGUGACUCUGGAAGCAGUGUGCUGGAACGACUGAUCGGAGGUUUCCGGAGGUGUUCGUACCGGGUGACGAGAGCUUUUCGCGUGAAGAGCUGUUUUAGGCAGUACCGCUUGCUACCACAAGGAGGAGAAAAGGACCGUGUUUCACUGCUGACGAAAGCAAAGUUCUGGUAUUGUGACAUCAAUUUGAACAUGAUAUUGACAACAGUAGCAGCUGAAGAUUUAACUUUGAAGUACACUUUUUUUUUUUUUUUUUUUUGAAGAUUUGAAAAACCUUGAAAAACAAAGAGACAUUUUUGAUGACUAAGGAUUACUGCAGGGUUUUAUUGUGAAGACUGACACUUUGCACAAAUACAUUUUGAUUGAACUUUGAAACAAGGAUAUUUUUGCACAAUUUUUUUUUCUCUUCUUCUCUAGCUCUUUGAAAGUGUUAGUCUGAAGUUUACAUUUACAUAUUUUUUUUUGGUAUUCAACAUUGCUAUUGUUAGUGUUGGUCAUGGAGUCAGAGAACAGUUUUGGAAGAGGUAGAGGGCUUUUCAUGUUUUCACCUAUGCCUUCAGUGGGGAGAGGUAGAUUAGAUUAUACUCCUGUCACAUCUACUCCAAUGGUUGAUUUAGAGACUGUACAGGAUGUAGACUGUCAUUUAAGUCCUCCUCCACCUCAGUUAAGUGAAAGUGAAUUGAAACAACCAAGUUUGAAGGAAACCAAUGAGUCAAUGGAAUUAAUAGUGGAAAUGGUAGAGCGUAUGGGUCGCUCUAUUGGGGAGAGCAUCGCUUCCUGUUUAGAGUCAAAAAUGUGCGUGUCUAAUAGCACAGACUCAUCUGUCUUAAACAGAGUUCUGAAAUCUGAAAUUAAAGAACCGGUUUGUUUUAGGGGUGACCGAGCUGAGCCAUACACAAUACAUGAGUGGGAAGCCAUAGUGCUGUCAUAUUUGCGCAAAAUUGGGACGCCAAUUGAAGAACAAGCUGAUGAAGUCAUGAGUAGACUUAUGGGGCGGGCACGAGAAGUUGUGAGGGUGGGUUUGCGCAGUAACCCCUCUAUUGAUUUGUGCAAGGGCCCGAGACCUAUUUUUGACUUGCUGAAACAGCAUUUCAGUGACACAGCUUAUUCUAACAUGCCAUUAGCAGACUUUUAUGGCACACUCCCACAUGCUAGUGAGGACUGCUUUGAUUACUGGCUGAGGCUAAAUAGAGCCAUGGACAUGGCUGAGGACUGUUUAAAGAGACAGAAUAAGAAGACUGAUGAUCUGUCCCGUGAGCUCACCGUAAUGUUUAUCAGACAUUGUCCAGACCCUGAGCUUUCCCUUAUAUUCAAGUGCAGACCUGUGGAGCAAUGGACAGCAGCUGAUGUUCACGCACGUUUGGAAGAGUAUAGUAGAGAGAAACGAUGUGGCUCUGUGUCUAGAGUGCCUCCAGCAAUCACUCUUUUGAAACAGGAAGUUGCCGUUCUGCCUUCUGAAACAAAGGUAAAGACAACUGUUAAUCCAGAAUUUGAUGUAUAUCAUACUCCAUCUAAAGAGCCCAUUGAACCCAUGGAACGGAUCUUAGCAAUGUUGGAACGUGUCUUGGAGAACGGGCAAUCAAGAAAUCAGGCCGGUACAGAGCGGCACUUGCCUAAGUCAUACAGAAGCAGAGGAAGGCCUACUCUACCAUGUGAAGUGUGUGGAGAUGUUGGCCACACCACCCAUUUUCACUGCAGAGCAAAUCAUCUGUGUUUUCUUUGCUACAAAGCCGGUCACGCACGUGUAGAGUGUCCUAAAGCUAAAGCUUGCAUUGUCAGUAAGAUGCCUGAAACGGAUGCUGUUCCACGUACGGGAAACGAAUAGGCCUGCAUACGGAGGGGAUGAGUGUAAGGCCAAAUGAGAGUCCCCCAUCAUUGUUGAAUUAUGAUCUGGAAUCGGUAUAUAAAAGUGUAUGUGAAGAAUAUAGUUCUGGAUAUACAGUUGUCUUGCAAAAUACACAAAAACUUGAGCCCUAUGAUGAUCUGUUCUACACUACUGUGAUUAUUGGUGGACAGGUUGAGGCAAAAGCAAUGCUUGACACUGGGUCGAUGGCUUGUACCAUGAGCUCCAAGAUUUUAUCACAAUUGCUGAGUAUUGGUGUGUUGUCAAGCCUUUCACUUGCCCCAACAGAUGUUGUUUUGGUCGGAUGUGGAGGCACCAGAACAAAACCCUUAGGAAUGAGUGAGCUGGAGAUGGAUGUGUACGGCUGUCACGUCACGGUUCCGACUUUGGUAGUCGAGGGCCAGGGUGAUGAUCUAAUUCUUGGCAGUAAUCUCUUGAAAUAUUUGCUUCAUCAGCUGAGAAGUUCUUCAGAGUUACUAAUAAGUGUGUCUGAACGUGAGUGUGAUAACACUGAACAAAACAAGCUGCUUGAUCUAUUAGCCAAUGUGGAGAUAUGGAGAAAUGGUACUGUCCCUGAUUUAGUAGGAACAGUAAAGAUCAAAAAGGCAGUGUCACUCGAACCUAUGACUGAAAACUUAGUUUGGGGCAGACUGCACAGUACUCAUGACAUCUCAGCUGGCAGUGCUGUCAUUUUGGAGCCCAGCAGAGUAAAAUCAAGGCCAAGGUCAGUGCUGGUUGGAAAAACGGUAGCUUUGAUACGUAAAGAUGGAUGGGUCCCGCUCAAGGUGAUAAAUCCUUCUGAGAAAGCAAUUACUUUGAAAAGAAAUUCUACACUUGCAGAUGCUUUUCCUUGCAUGGCGUUGCAGGAUUUUGACUGCUCUGAAUUUCCUGAGGAUUGCUCACUUGACCUUGAACAAAAAGUUCAGAGAACUGCUGAUGUAUUAACUGACAGACAGGAUGUGAUGAGUGUAGCAGAUGCUCUAAUCUUACCAACCAAGCCUGAAUCAAACGACUCAUGUGUUGCUGAUGGCUCGACAGUCUUACGUGACUUGGGCUUGGCUGACCUGGAUGUGGAGUCUUGCAAUGUGUCCGCGGACUG